UGUCCAUGUGUUUUGUUUGUUAAAAUCGAGACAGUCUUUCGCUAAAUGGGUAAGAAGGAUAAGAAGAAAGGUAAAGGUGCUGAGAAAACAGCAUUAAAAACCGAAAAGAAAGCAAUUAACAAAUUAAAAAAAGAUUUAGCCGCCAAAGGCGAGGAUGACAUUGAAAAACUCAUUACAGAUUUUCAAGAACAAGGAAAAAAGCCCGUGGCUGUUAGUGAAGAACCUUGUCUUCAGCCUACUCCGAGGAGUGGUUUUUCGUUAUGUGCUCAUCCUGAAAAAGAAGAAUUGGUGUUAUUUGCUGGGGAAUAUUUUAAUGGAAGCAAGACUGUGAUGUACAAUGAUUUAUACUUUUAUAACAUCAAAAAGGGCCAGUGGUCUGUUCUGCAAUGUUCUGAAAAACCUCCGCCCAGAUGCUCGCAUCAGGCUGUGAUUCUGUCUCAAAGAGCAGGGCAAUUGUGGGUUUUCGGAGGUGAAUUUGCUUCUCCAAGUCGUUCCAAUUUUUAUCAUUAUAAGGAUUUAUGGGUUUACCACUUUGCUGAAAAGAGAUGGGAGCAAGUGAAAGUUCCUGGUGCCCCGUCUGCUCGCAGUGGACAUCGUAUGACAGCAUCACGAAAGCAGCUUAUAGUAUUUGGAGGAUUUCACGAAAGCUUGAGAGAAUAUAAGUACUUUAAUGAUGUGCACAUUUUUGAUUUGGAGUCAUACACAUGGACCAAAGUUGAACCAACUGGUAGAGGCCCCAGCCCUCGUUCUGGUGUCCAAAUGGCUCCUCUUACUGAUGGACGAAUUAUUUUAUUUGGAGGCUACAGUAGAGAAAAGGUCAAAAAAGAUGUUGAUAAAGGAGUUCCUCAUGGGGAUAUGUAUUAUUUACAAUUAGAUGAGAGAACUAAACCUGCCAAGUGGAAGUGGGUAGCAGUGAAGGCAUCAGGGAUUUCCCCGUCCAUAAGAAGUGGCUUCUGUUUUGCAGUUGCAUCAAACAACCAAGCCUAUACUUUUGGUGGCGUACGCGAUGAAGAUGAUGAUGAAACUUUAGAAAGUGUGUUCCAUAAUGAUUUGUUUUUGUUAGAAAUGGAUAAGCCACGAUGGCAGCCUAUUACUCUCCACAGCAAAGAAGUGAAAGAAGUCAAGAAGAAACGGAGAAAAGUUAGAGAUGAUGAAGAUGAUCAUGAGAGUGAAGAUGAUGAUGUCACCAAAACUUUAGAAAGAGCUAACAUAUCAGGAGGAGUAACUAAUGAACCAACUGUGAAAGUAACCGAAGAUAGUAUUUUCACAGUGAAAAUUGGACCUCAAACAUCAUCAAGUUCUGCAGCAAAUCCUACAUCUUCUUCCACCAUCAGAUCUUCAAGUCAAAACUUUAUUCCGAAGCCUCGCAUGAAUGGUUCUUUAGUCAUUAGGCAUGGGACUAUGUACUUGUAUGGAGGAAUAUAUGAAGACGGUGAUAAACAGUUAACUUUAUCUGACUUUUAUUCACUGGACAUUCAUAAAUUAGAUGAAUGGAGAACUAUUGUGCCAUUUUCAACUGCUUCGCUGGAGUGGAUAGAAUCUGAUGUAUCAGAAAGCAGUGAAGAAGAUAGUGAGGAAGAUGGUGCUGGAGGGGAAGAUGACUCCGAAGAAGAAUCGUCUGAAGAAGGAAUGGAUUCUUCAUAAGAGAAAAUUCUCCAAAAUAGAAGUCUUCUGUGUAUCAUACUCAAAUUCAAUAUGUAUUCCUGUUAUCUUUUUGACAAGUUCAUGUAAACUUAUUUUAAAUUAAAAUGGUUUUUUAAAUAUC